AUGGUUAUCAAAUAAUGCCGGUCCUGUAUACCUUACCAAGAGAGGGCGGCACAAAGGCCUGGAGAACCCCUACACCCAAGGUUAAAAAGGGAAGUGGGUGCGGUCGUACACCUGAACCUGUUAUUCAUGCCAGCAGGGGAGAAUGGGUGUAACUACAUCUUCGAUGCAUGGGAUAACCUUACUGGGUCUGUGGAUGGACGAGCUAUCCGGACGAAGACUGGCCCGGUUUUGGCGAACUGCAUCAAGGAGUACUACCUGCGGUACCCUUUUAUCAGGGAGUUCGUGAUGGAUCGAUGGUCAGAGUUUACCUGCAAUGAGGUGAGGACGUUGCUUGUAGGGUCUGACUUUUCAAAGACAGCCAUGCAGAGGGGCGGGAGGGGCGCGCGGCCACGACAGGGGCCUCAGGGAGCAUCAGGAGGGGAUGACUCGCGCAGACCGGUUGGGAGGGAGUCUACACCUAUCUUCGACGACGGUAACACAGAGCUUUUUCUGGACUCCUACCGGGCACAUGCGACACGGGAGGGUUGGUCUACCUUGGAGAGGAUACGACACCUGAGGGGAGUUGGGCGCUUCGAAGAGCCUAUUGCGCACAUUCGAGAGGAGGCGUUGACAUGGCAGGAUGUGGAGGCGAGGAUGCAGAUGCUGAGGGCUUUGCCGAUGAGACCGGAUGGAUUGCCUAUUCGAUUGGAGGAAAGCAAUGCGGAGGAGUUCAUCCCGGCCUAUGAGCAGUAUAUGCACGACCAGGGGACUGGGCAGGAGGAGUGGAUGCAGAUGCUGCCCCUCUGGACACGGAGGGCGGGGAGGUCGUUGGCGAGGCAGAUCCGAGACAGGGCACACGACUGGGAGGACUGCCAGGCCCAGUUGGAGGCUCAUCUCGACGCGUCCCAGUGGGGGGCGUCACAGCUGGGAGCGGACCAGAGCGGACCGGCCCGGUAUGAGCCAAUAGAGGAUGAGCCAGAGAAGGAGCCACCCGAGCCGGGGCCUGAGGCAAGGUCUCGCGAACCCAAGGAGCCACAGACUGAGGGGGUUAUCACUGUUGGGGAUGAUACCCCUCCUCCUACCCCGAUUCCAGAACAGGCACGACAGUAUUGGCCUAAAGGAAUUCCUGAGCCGGACAGCGAGGAGGUAUUGGGGCCCCCACCGGAAGCUACUACGCCACCCCCAACGCAGGCGGAGCCAGAGGGGGGCGAGAGGGCGAGGGCACCUACCACUGUGGCGCCGCAACCGACUGAGCCUACAGGUGCACGAAUGGAAGUGGAGGUGCCAACCUCCGGUGAGCCUCCGCCAGGGCCGCCACCCGUAGAAGAGGGGACUAGUGAGAGAGAUCCACUGCGAGAGGGCCACGAGGCGAGGACAGGGAAGCCACCGGGGGAGACGAAAGAAGAGAAGCGCGCGAGGGUGCAGGUACGCCUCGAGGAGCUAUACCAGGAAAAGCUUAGGAUGGAGGCCGCAGGAGAACCACCAAAGCCGCCAAUUGACCCUCCGACGAGCGAGCGGAGGAUUAAUGAGGCCUGGGCCGGCUAUGAGAGCGAGAGGGAUGCUGCUCGCCUGAGGUCGCGAGAGGCGGGACUGGGGAGUGCAAGAUUGGGCGAGGCACGAGAAACAGAGGACUUGGGAUUUUCAGCCGCCAGGAUGGAGAUUGAGCGUGCAGAUAGGAGGAUAGGUGAGGUGGCGGUCUCGUCCUUCCAACGGUACUCCAUGCCCAGCGAUGAGUUGGCGGCCUCGAGGUUAGAGGUGGGACAGUUGUCCACCCAACUGGCAGAAGAGAGGGCAGAAAACCAGGGGUGGAGGACCCGCAUGAGAGCCAAGGAGGCGGAGUGGGAGAAGAGGCUCCAGGGCGUGGCGGCGAUGGUAGAAAGGCGCUCGGCCACUAAGGUGAUCGACUGGACGGAGCAGAGUCGGUAUGGUAUUCAGGGGAAGGAGGUACAGGGGCUCUUUGGCCAGGAAGGAACGACGGAGACGCCACAGCCAGAGGGAAUGGGGAAGGGACCCCAACCUCCGGUGGAGGAAGGGGUCCCCACAGAGGAGUCCCCUACGAUCCUUUUGGAGGUGAAGGAGGGUGCCCUUACGGGAGUAGCAGCAUCCACUGAGCCGGAGGCAAUGGGGGGAGAGACGUCUCGACCGGAUGAGUUGGUGGUAGCUAUGGAGUUAGACAUGCCGUCAGGAGAACCUCAGAGACAGAAGACCCCGGAGCGCGUGCCAGAGAUAGGGGAGCUGAGGACGCAGUUGGGCUCUUGGGCUACUGGAGCUAACUCGGGAGAGCACAUUUCAGAGCAGCAGCAGGAAGUUAUGAGUGAGCCAGCGACUGCCGUGACUCCCCAGCCUUCCGACCUGCAUAGGGACGAGGGGGUGACUGCAAUGGGAGGAGUCCGCGAGGGUAGGCCAGUGAGAUUGGACACUCUAGUGUACCGACCCGGGGGAGAUGAGACGCUAGCAGGGCCGAGUACCCAGAUGAUGGAGGCAAGGCCGGCAGAGUCAUGGAGUAUGCCCCAGAGCCACGAGAUGAGCAGGGAAACUAGCGAGACGCCGCUGCUGCCUGGAUCCCAGAAGAAGAAGAGGAGGUGUCGGGGGAGAUCAAACGAUCAGUGCUUCUUCUGUAAGGAUGGCGUACAUAGAGCUCUUGAAUGCCCAAAGUUCCUUAAGGACAAGGCGGCUGGGAGAGUGACAGAGAGUGGUGGGAGGAUGUACGACCGACAGGGGCGAGUGGUAGAGCGGGCUCCAGAUGGGUGUAGGGCAUAGUUAUAUAGACAAAACCAGGAGGCUAUGAGUGAGUAGGGGCUGGUCCGUCUAUAUGACAGUAGGAUUAGAGUUCCUCUGUGCGCAAAGACCGUG